UGACAGCUCGUUCUCUUCUAAUGUCACAAACAGACAGCUAGCAAGGUGAUCUCGUCAGAGUUCUAUCUCGGUGCCAUGCAUCAUCCUACGGUGAGAUAUCUGCACGGACACAAACACGCCACUACUAUUCGCUAGAGGGAACAUCGCCGCCGUGCAUCAUAGAUGCCUACCUAGUUACGAUACAUCAUGAUAUCUGCAGAUGCACUGGCAGUAUGCAAGACCUACUUGCUGUUUUAAUACUAAGCCACCAGACCUAACCAGGUAUCUAUGUCACUCGAGGACUCCAGCUCGACCUUACCAAUCUUCAAGCCGUCACUGACCUGUCGAAAUACUGUAUACUCGUCUAAUGUCAAGAGGGGCAGUCGUGGGUUCACAGGCCCCUCUUUCUCUUGUUGACUAGCCGGCUAGCCCUAGCCCAUCGGAAUCCCAGACUCAUUUAUACUCGACUACAUUCUUCAGAGGAGAGUGUCACAAUACACAGAACAAAAUAAAGCAAACCCCGCUUUUCACUUUUCAAUUCCGUUCGGUGCAAGAGCAUCAACACAGAAAGAGUCCGCGUCAGUAUAAAAUGCCAUCCUCCGAGGCAGAGGCAGAGGCCGCCGAGCGCCUCGAGGCAGAACUUUCCCUUCUUCAGGCAAUGUAUCCUGGAGCCAUGGGUUACGAUCCCAAGAGUCGCGAGGUGCAUUACACAUCCACGUUAACAUCAACAUCUGCAUACACUUUGGCCACUACGGCUACAGCUCCAUCUUCGAGCGCCCCAACCCUGACUCUACGUCUGCCGGACACCUAUCCCAUCAAAGGGGUUCCAGAGGUAAUAGCGGCGCGGGACGGGGCAAAGCACGACAUCCGGAACAGGACGAAGAGGGCUUUGGAGUCUGGUAGUAUUUCUGCCGAAGAAAGCGGCGGUGGAGAAGUCAUCGAUCAGAUCAUCGAAGUUUUCGAGUCUGUCGCUGCUGCUGCUUCUGCUUCUGCUGUACCUGACGGCGACGGAGACGGUGGCCGAGAGGGUACACGUUCAGAGUCCAAGACGAGCACAAGCAUCACCGAUGACGGUCUCGGGAUCGAUGUCCCCGUUGCAGACACCACUUCAGAGAUCCGCGACCCUCAGCCUGAUAUCAGACCACUCACCAAAACAGUCAUAAUCUGGCUCCAUCACCUGCUGGCUUUGUCGAAGCGGAAACUUGCGGUGAACCCCACAGUUCAGACCGGCCCACCGUCAUUGUCAUUGUCAUCUUCAGCCUCUGGAAUCUCCGGCCUCACGAAACCAGGAUAUCCUGGAAUAAUGAUCUUUUCGGGUCCUAGAGAUCUUGUCGACGCGCACGUGGCGCAGCUCAAGAGGCUAAAUUGGCAGGCGUUUCAGGUGAGGUAUGAUUCGGAUGAUGAUAUUGUCAAAGCUUCUGGCGCUGGUCAAAAUCGGAGUGGGAACCCCGAUCCUAUUCCUGGUCGAAACGAUAACGACAAGCAGAAACAAAAACACAAGCAAAAACAAUCUCUUACCCAGAACCAGAAACAGUCGAAAAGACAGUCCGGCGAAAAAGAAACGCCGACUAGACAAAAAGAUGGCCGGGAAGAAGAAGUAGCUGGAUCAAGAUCAGGCUCGGGUUCGGAAUGGCAUUUCUCCCAUGGCCAAGGCAAGAUCGUCGAAGUCGAAACCAUGGCCGAAGUCGUCAAGGCGAUUGUGGAUGACGACAAGAAAGAGAUUUUUCUGCGCGCCGUUGGCGUCAAGUGAUGAUAGCCCAAAACACACACCACUUCCUUGAGGGUCCGGAACUCCGAGUGCCUUUUCAAGGUCGUGGACUGCUUGAGUAAGGUAUCCUUCGCUGCGCCAGAAGCGACCUUGCUACUGUACGGUAGAUCCGGCACAUCGAUCCACCUAUAUCAAGCAUAGGACUACUACUACAGUAUUACUAUGUACAGUAGCGUACAUUUACAUGUACCAGCAAAGUAUAUCCAAUCCAGUUCAGUAUGGCGGUAUAUUUAGUUCCGUCUUCUCUACAAACUAUCCUCUCUCCACCGCGACCUCACCCUCUGCCAACCCUCACGCUCGCCCAGACCACCACGCUUUUCCAACCCCAGGCCUCGCUCAAUCCAUUCCUGACUACCCAUCUCGCUGAGCCGGCUGAGCGCACGGGCGAAAGCGAAACGCUCCUCAUCACCACUAAACAAGCUACUCUGCUUGAGCAUGCUCAUGCUCAUGCCCAGGUCGUCCAUGAGAUUGCGCAUAACAUCAUCCACGUCGGCGCCUUCGCCGUCGGUAUCUGCGGCACGGGCAUGGUCGACUACCUUCUUGUCACUUCUGUCAGCAUUGUCGCUUUUGCUUUUGUUGCUGCUGCUACUACUGUCAGCCACUUUAUCCUUGACACCCUGCAACGACUCCUCCAACUCGGCCUUUGACAUGAACAGCUGGGACAAGGGAACGGCGGUGGUCAGGACCAAUUUAGCAUGGGACUCAUAGACGGCGUCGAUGAAAGUAAUAAAACGACGGGCCCAGUCUCGCUCGCGGUGCGUCAUGGCAGGCACGUCGGUGACGACAAAGGCGUCGAAAUGUCGCAUCAUCUCAAUGUAGUCGGCGGCACCCGUGGCGCGACCGAUGAGGUCGUGGAAAGUAAAUUUGGCGCAGCGGCCUGACACCAGGGGAAUCUGCACCUCUCGUCCCCACACUGUAAUGGUGGCCGGGUGAGGCGGGUCGUGUUCGGGAUCACCGAGAAAGUGAAACCAUUUGUUGGCGUGGGUUUCGGUCGCCCGGUCCAGCGGGUGGUGGUAGACGCCCGAGGGCGGACGCGGCAGUUUGCGGUAGUCGGUCGACGAGUCGAGGUUAAUGACUUUCAGCUGCUUUUUGAGGAGGUUGAUGCACGGAAUAAACGAUUGUCGCUGGAUCCCGUUUUUAUAUAAAUCGUCCGGGUGUCGGUUUGACGUGGUCACCAGCACCACGCCGUGCGACAUCAGAGCCUCCAACAGCCGCCGGAGGAUCAUGGCGUCCGCCACAUCGGUGCAUUGGAACUCGUCGAAGCAGAGCACGGUCGCAGUCUCGGCAAUGUCGGCCGCCACAAAGGGAACCGCG